AUGGAGUUCUACGAAGCCAGCUUCGCACGCAUCAGCGAGCCAAUCGGACUCUUGAAGAGGCAGCUCCGGGAUUCACUCAAGCCCUCAACAACAUUCUCGCACCGCAAGGAGUGCUACGUUCUUGUGGCGUACAAGGAGACACAGCAAUGGUGGCUGAGGCUUUUCCGCCGGCUGGCGAAGAAGCACGGUCUUUCCGCUGAGCACUUCCCUUCGGUCUUCAUCAUCGAUACUGCGCAAGGCUACGAGACCAUCUUCAUCUUCGUCGACCUGGCCGUAUAG